UUGCAAUGGCUUCUCAGAAAAGUAAGAUUUUGAUCAUCGGAGGCACCGGUUACAUCGGCAAGUUCGUCGUCGAAGCGAGCGCAAAGGCUAACCAUCCCACCUUUCUUCUUGUUAGGGAGACCACAGUCAAUGACCCUGCCAAGGGAGCUCUCAUUCAGAACUUCAAGAACUUGGGGGUCACUUUCCUCUAUGGCGAUCUUUAUGAUCAUGAGAGCUUGGUGAAGGCCAUCAAACAGGUCGAUGUGGUUAUAUCAACGUUGGGUUUCAUGCAGAUAGCAGAUCAAACCAAGAUCAUUGCCGCCAUUAAGGAAGCUGGUAAUGUGAAGAGAUUCUUCCCCUCAGAGUUUGGAAAUGAUGUGGAUCGAGUACAUGCGGUUGAGCCAGCCAAAUCAGCCUUUGCAAUAAAAGCGCAAAUCCGCCGCGCUAUAGAGGCUGAGGGGAUACCCUACACUUAUGUCUCCAGCAACUGCUUUGCAGCCUAUUUUCUACCCACAUUGGUACAGCCAGGAGCCACUUCUCCACCCAGAGACAAAGUCAUCAUCCCCGGGGAUGGAAAUCCAAAGGCAAUCUUUAACAAGGAAAACGACAUCGGCACCUAUACGAUCCGAGCGGUUGAUGAUCCAAGGACGUUGAACAAGGUCCUCUACCUCAAGCCUCCCAGAAACAUAUACUCAUUCAACGAACUCGUUGCCUUGUGGGAGAAGAAAAUCGGAAAAGUUCUUGAGAAGGUCUAUGUUCCAGAGGACAAAAUCCUCAACGACAUUAUAGAGGCUCCAAUUCCUAUCAAUGUGAUAUUGGCAAUCAAUCACUCUGUGUUUGUGAAAGGAGAUCAUACCAACUUCAAGAUCGAGCCGUCUUUCGGAGUCGAAGCCUCCGAGCUGUACCCGGAUGUUAAGUACACUACCGUGGAGGAGUAUCUCGACCAAUUCGUUUAAGCAUCAUUUGGUUGUUGAUUGAGAAUUCAAGAUGUUUGCUAAAUAAGGAACUAGCUUCAUAUGCGAGCGGGAGAGGGUUUUGCUAUCUAAAUAUGCUGUUUAUGCAUGUCUUCUUCUAUGAGGAAAUGUACUAAACUUGAUAUAUUGAAUUCACCACUGGGAUUGUUUCAAAAGCCGAAGUUAUGAUCAAACAUCCUCUUUUCUGCAGUACUGUUUAGAAUGCUUCUUCUAACUUUAA